GCUCCCCGACUUCCUCACAUCUGGCUCCUCUCUCGCACUUCAUCACGGGUGUCUACUUGGGACCCAAUCUUCUGUUCUUCUCACAUCGCCUUUUGCACCUCCAACAUUUCACACAUCUCAGAGAUCCAAAGAAAAACCUGCAAGGAAGCAGCACGGCGACGCAGCGGACAGCAUGGACUGAAGGCUGCAUGAUUCUACGGCCUCAAACCAUGUCGGCAUUUAUUUGCAUCUGGGCCUGCUUCCUGCUCCGGAUCAGCGCGACCGCCGCCGCCGCACAGGACAAGACGCCAGAUGAAACCGUCACAUGCUUGGUGUCAGAGGAGUGCCACCUGCCGUGCAUGUUCACCCCCGCCCCCAACCAAAGCGUGCGCUGGUUCCGGCGGGACGUGGUAAUGUUCAGCUUCGGCGAGACGCACGGCGAGAGCCAGGCGCUGGCCGGGAGGGCCACCAUGUUCCCGCCCAUGAUCGCGGGGGGCAACGCCACCCUGGUCCUCAGGGAGGUUGGUCUAAAGGACCGCGGCAUGUACCGGUGUCACGUACGCACGUCCGAGGGGGAACACAGCGCCAAGGUCGUCUUGAAGGUGGAGGCGCUCAUCCACGGCCUUUCCCUGGAGCUUUCGCGGCUGAGCGGUUACGAGGAGAUGAAGUGCACCGUGCGAGAUGUGUUCCCGCCGCCCCGGGUCACCUGGGCCACGGAGCCGCCCACUUUCGAGGACCUGCGGCCAAUCACCCGCAUGCUGGCUGACAAGCGUGGUCUGUACACGGCCGACAGCAGACUGAAGGUUCUAAAAGGCCAGCCGGACCUUAUCUACAUUUGCAAAGUCACCACCUCCUACGGGGGGCCCACGUGGACGUCGUCAUUGCGGGAGAGGACAAUAACAGGAAAUGAGGGUCGGGAUUUGACCAUCCCGUGUUUCGCCCCGCCGUACCUGAACAGCCCUGGACGGCUUCGGGGUCCCGGAACAUACAGCUGCAUCUUCUCCAUGCUGUACAACACGCACACGGAGCGCUCCGACGUCGCCAUCAACUUCCCCACUGCCAAUCGUAGCACCUCACCACAGACGUCUUACUGGUGGAUCGUCGGCCUGGUGGUUGCUGUGACGGUCCUAGCACUGACGGCCAUGUUGGUCUACCUGAAGCUCCGAGGAAACGCGGCGAAAUCUUCACCCCGUUACCCCGAGGAGGAGACUGAGUUAAAUUCGGUCAGAGAUGUGGAGGGUGCAGGUGAGAACACCCGUCAUUUUCCCGCUGGAGACAACAACGGACAGCCGGGCCUCUCCUGA